UUUUAACUAAUUAUUACUAUUAUUACUAUUAUUACAACUAAUUUGUUAACUAUUUGUAAUCAAUAUUUUUAUAUAUUAUACACAAAUAUAUAUUAUAUUACAAACUUUGUUGCAUUCAAUACUCAGCCAAAAGUGACAACAAAAUCAUAAUUGAAAUUAAGAAGCAAUUGAAUUGAAAUGUUUGGGAAGAAGAAGAAGAAGCCGACCAUCUCUUCGCCGACCAAUUUUGAGCACAGAGUGCACACAGGCUUUGAUCGCCGGGAAGGCAAGUUCGUAGGCCUUCCCCCGCAAUGGCUGUCUCUCAUUCAGGGGAACACCAAUUCCCUGCGCCCGCGACCUAUCGUCGACCCCUCAAACAUCACUCACACAGAGAUUAUGGACAUCAAGAGCCACACAAUCGUGAGGGGAAACUCUGUGGUGACCACCAGUCAGCCCAUGAGUCGAGCUCUGGUCACGCGAUCUAAUUCUCUGCGAAAAGCGGAUUCACCGCCAGCUCUGCGACCCAAUCGCGUGCCACCGCCUCUGCCA